AUGCCCUGACUUUCUCAACUACACCGUCGAUUAGCAGAGAUUAUCUGCGAGCGAUCGCUUACCACGACAAUCGACGGGUUAUAAAACGGUCAAAAUGUCGCCCAAUGGCCUGAUCAAUGGUCUCCGAACUGCCCGACAACCAGACCUUCACCUCGUAUCAGAUGAAGAUGCCGUUUACGAACAAGAUAUUCUGAGAGAUCUAGGCAGUACGAAACCUUGGCUAGCUUAUAUUCAGUUCAAAUUCCAACAUGGCACCAUUCAGGAGCAGGCAUUCGUUCUCGAGAGGGCUUGUCUGCAAUUACCCCGAUCGUACAAGCUCUGGAAGAUCUACUUACAAUUUCGAACAAAGCAUGUCACAAAGCUGAAUGCCGCUGUUUUCGCCUCCGAGUACAAGAAAGUCAACGCCCUAUUCGAGCGAGCCCUAGUCCUGCUCAAUAAGAUGCCAAAGAUAUGGGAAAUGUACUUGAAAUUUUUACUAAAGCAGCCUCUCGUUACUCUUACUCGGCGCACGUUCGACCGAGCCCUCCGGGCCCUUCCCAUAACACAGCACAAUAGGAUAUGGGCCUUGUAUAGACCAUUUGCAAACUCGGCCUCGGGCGAAACCGCGGUAAAGAUAUGGCGAAGGUAUAUGCAGGUUCAUCCCGAAGAUGCUGAGGAUUUCAUCGAGCUCCUAAUACAGGUCGGCCUUUACACCGAGGCUGCGAAGAAGUACAUUGACAUCCUCAACAACCCGCGCUUUAAUAGCAAGCAUAGCAAAGGCCACUACGAGCUCUGGAGCGAGAUGGUUGACCUACUUAUCGAUCAUGCCAACGAAGUAGAAACAGGCCACGAGACCGGCAUCGAUGUCGAACGUAUCAUCAGGAGUGGAAUCGACAGGUUUGACGACCAAAGAGGCAAGCUAUGGUACGGUUUAGCUACGUAUUGGGUCAGGAGAGGGAGCUUCGAACGCGCGCGAGAUAUCUACGAAGAAGGAAUUACAACCGUCAUGACCGUUCGAGAUUUUACUAUGAUCUUUGACAGCUAUGCCGAAUUUGAAGAGUCAAUCAUUGGUGCGCUGAUGGAAUUAGCAUCAAAACGAGCGGAUGAAGGCAAAGUUGACAGUGAUGCCGAUGCUGAUCUCGACCUUCGCAUGAUGCGAUUCGAACAGCUAAUGGAUCGACGACCAUUCCUUCUGAACGACGUCUUACUACGACAGAAUCCUAAUAGCGUUUCGGAAUGGGAGAAACGAGUAAUACUUUGGGGGGAUAACAAGGCUGAGGUCGUUCAGACAUAUACAGAUGCCAUUGCCGCGAUCAAUCCGAAGAAAGCCGUUGGACCGUUUCACGAAUUAUGGGCGAAUUAUGCCAAAUUCUACGAAAAGGGCGGCGAUAUCCGAAAUGCACGCAUCAUUAUGGAGAAAGCUGUCAAGGUUCCAUUCAAAUCUGUCGCCGAAUUGGCUGAUAUGUGGAUUGAGUGGGCCGAGAUGGAACUCCGCAACGAGAACUUUGAUGAAGCCGUUAAGAUUAUGGCAAAGGCCACGCAAGCUCCGAAGAGAUCUACUGUGGAUUAUUUCGAUGAGACUUUAUCGCCGCAACAAAGAGUACAUAAAAGUUGGAAGCUUUGGAGUUUCUACGUUGAUCUCGUUGAGAGUGUCGGCUCCCUGGAGGAGACGAAGAAGGUUUACGAGCGAAUAUUUGAACUUCGAAUUGCCACUCCGCAAACCGUCGUCAACUAUGCCAAUCUCAUGGAGGAGCACAAAUACUACGAAGAGUCCUUUAAGAUAUACGAGAGAGGACUGGACCUAUUUAGCUACCCGGUGGCUUUCGAACUAUGGAAUCUCUACUUGACCAAAGCGGUGGAUAGGAAGAUUGGGAUUGAGAGACUUCGAGAUCUCUUUGAGCAGGCAGUAGAAGAUUGCCCGCCCAAAUUUGCUAAAGUGUUGUAUCUUAUGUACGGUAAUCUAGAGGAGGAAAGGGGCUUAGCGAGGCACGCUAUGCGCAUCUACGAAAGAGCCACCCGCGCAGUCGCCGACGAAGACCGUGCAGAUAUGUUCAACUUCUAUAUUACCAAGUCGGCGUCUAAUUUCGGGUUGCCAUCCACAAGACCGAUCUACGAAAGGGCUAUUGCAGCUCUACCGGACGAAGAAGCACGAGAUAUGUGUCUGAAGUUUGCCGACAUGGAGAAACGCCUUGGCGAAAUCGAUCGGGCCCGCGCUAUCUACGGACAUGCAUCACAAUUCUGCGACCCCCGCACCAAUCCGGCAUUCUGGAGUAAGUGGGAACAGUUCGAGGUGCAGCACGGCAACGAAGAUACGUACAAGGAGAUGCUGCGUAUCAAGCGCAGUGUGCAAGCACAAUACAAUACGGAUGUCAAUUUCAUCGCGUCACAAGCUAUCGCACGUGCGAAUCAAGCACGGGCGGGGUCAGAAGCGGCGAACGGAGGAGACCCUGAAGUUGCAGAUGCGAUGGAACAGCUAGAACGGCAGGCCCGAGCGCCAGCAGGAUUCGUGGCGUCGAGCACGGGACUAGCGGGGACAAUAACGAAGGAACCGGUCGCAGCGCCCAGCAAUCCAGACGCCAUCGACAUCGACGGCAUGGACGAUGACUAGCAUAAAAACCAGCCUCUAGGAUGGGGUUUCCCCCCCGUUUGCUGUUUAGUUAACUUGGCAUUUUGACAUUUGGCAUAGGUGAAAGGAUAGGGCGGCUAGCAAUGCAGAUAUUUGCGUUGUAUUCCGUUUUGUGACGCGUCUUAUUUAUUUUUUCGGGGUUUUUUUUUAUUUGGGUGGUCCUACUUCUCUCUUUUGUUGUUUCCCCAGUGCGGUGCGAGAGUCGGAAAGAAGAAGCAAGACAAGAUACCUACUAGGUAAACAUACAUACAUAACGUACCUUACCUUACCUUACCUUACCAGCCUACUUACCUACACCCGUCUAUCUAGUU